AUGGCAUCAACAUAUACAUCUGAAGUUGCAAAACAAUAUUUGAUUGCACAGGGUGCUUUAUAUCCACGAAAUCAUAUUAUUUUUACUUGUUCUGGUGGCAGUUCUAUGGACUAUAUAUUUGAAAAAGACAGAGGCUACAGUUACAGAUGCAGUGGAGUAAAUAACAUGGGAGCAACAUGUUGUAAAAGAGAAAGAAAAUCUAAAAGAUUGGAUUCUUUCUUUGCACAAAUACAUUUUUCCUAUGAUAUUGUUAUGCAAGGAAUAUAUUACUGGUUAAACUGGAUUUCUAGAAUGACAAUGGGAGUUAUGCUUGGUGUUUCUCCAGAAACUAUAAGACAUCUCAUUGCUAGUAUUUACCAAUUGAUUCAAAUGGAUUUAACAAACAAUAAUAUGAGAAUUGGAGGUAUUGAUGACAAUGUUCCUCAGAGAGAUACUGCAACUCUCCUUCAAGUGUUAAAGCAGUAUGUAAAACCCAAUAGCAUUAUUCACACAGAUUGCUGGGCUGCAUAUGGGGGAUUGGCAUCAGUUGUUGAUAUGAACUAUACUCAUAGAACAGUCAAUCACAAUGUUGAUAGGUCUGUGGAAUGGAAUAAAAAUGAACUGCAAGGCCAGAUUGCAAACAAAACAAAUGGUGCCAUAGAUGUUGAUGGAAUUCAUAUGGAAAAAAAUAUGAGAACAGAUUGUGACAAGGAAUGCUAA